GGAUCUAGUGCGCAUGUUCUUCUUGCUUUAUACUAUCUGUAUCUCCCUGCAUUUUGGCCCUAUUGAAUGUUUGAUUUGUUAGCAAUGAAUUGAUAUUUUCCAGCAAGACGGCCUUUCUUCGUGUGUAAAGAUAUUUCCUAGUUCAUWUAGGGAUCGUUGUGGUUUGAUAUUUAUAGGCUUUGUGGCACGAUUGUCCUGUACAUUAUUAAGCCGCGCUUAAACUCCGAGGUGAUUUCGGUUCACUUUGCUCGUUGGUCUUUCUCUUGAAACGGYUCCAGUUUAUCACUAUUUGGAUGCAAAGAACUAACUGUUCUGAAAAUGGAAAGUAAGGAUAAGGAGAAUCCGUCGGAAGAGGCUGCAAAACGAACUGGUACUCGUGUUUUUAAAAAGACAUCCCCAAGCGGCAAGAUAACGACAUAUCUUGGCAAACGAGAUUUUAUAGAUCAUAUUGAACAUAUCGACCCUGUUGAUGGUGUUGUUCUUGUUGACCCAGAGUAUGUCAAAGAUGGCAAAAAAGUGUAUGCACAUGUUUUGGCUGCAUUCAGAUAUGGAAGAGAAGACUUGGAUGUACUUGGUCUUACAUUCAGGAAGGAUUUAUUCUUGGCAACAGUCCAAGUUUAUCCACCCAAACCAGAAGAUCAAAAGCCGAUGACAAGAUUACAAGAGCGAUUGCUCAAGAAGCUUGGUUCUAAUGCUUAUCCAUUUAAAUUUGACCUUCCCCCAGGCUCACCCUCUUCUGUCACUCUACAACCAGCACCAGGAGACACAGGAAAGCCUUGUGGGGUUGAUUAUGAACUAAAGACUUACGUCUCGGAAUCUGCGGAGGAGAAACCACACAAAAGGGACACAGUUCGACUUGCAAUACGUAAACUAACUUACGCACCAGAGAGACCACAGCCUCAGCCGUUUGCUGAAGCAGAGAAGGAUUUUAUGAUGAGUUCAUAUCCUCUUCAUGUAGAAGCAAGCUUAGACAAAGGAUUAUACUACCAUGGAGAAACUAUAGCAGUGAAUAUUCACGUGUCUAAUCGUUCAUCCAAGACAUGCAAGAAAGUUAAAAUAACAGUUCGACAGUUUGCAGACAUAUGUCUGUUUUCAACAGCUCAGUACAAAUGUCCAGUAGCAGUGCUAGAAUCUGAGGAUGGUUUCCCAGUUGGUCAGAGUGGUACUCUAUCCAAAGUUUAUUGCCUGACUCCUCUUCUAGAUGAUAACAGAGACAAGAGAGGACUUGCAUUGGAUGGCAAACUUAAACAUGAAGACACAAACCUAGCCUCAUCGACCACACUUGACCCUAAUAUACCAAAAGAGAAUCUUGGUAUCAUAGUACAAUACAAAGUCAAAGUGCGCAUUAUCGUGGCGUAUGGAGGGGACUUGACAUUGGAAUUACCAUUUAUGCUUACGCAUCCCAAGCCUAUUGAAGAACCUACCCCACCACCCACACCAUCCAAACCUCCAAACGAACAAGCUGCUGCCGGUGGAGAAAAUUCUGAAGCAUCCGCGGCAAUUGAUCAUAACUUGAUAGACUUUGAUACAGACGGUCCAGACAAACACGAUAAGGAUGAUUUGAUUUUCGAAGAUUUUGCGCGUCUGAGACUAAAGGGGACUGAUCUUACCGAGUCAGCAGAUGCGUAAACCCAAGAUUACCGCUGACUGAUCGUUUUGAGUGAUCGUUYUUUUCACGCUAGCUAUGCACGUAAAUACAUGAGGUGUUUUGCCGGAAUUAGUGUCUGCGAGUAACGACUGGCAAUUAAUCAACGAUGGUUUUUUUAAAUUUUACAGUUAUUGUAAGAGGUUAAAUUUUUCGUUUAGGAGUAAGAAAAGGAAACUUCAUUUGCAUCUGGUAGUGUUGAAAUCGACGACUAUGUUAACUCAUUCAGCUAAUUUUAACCCUUGUAUUAUGUAACACUAGCUCUCUAUUCYACAGUUCGAGAAGAUAAGUGUCGUUUCAUAAGUAUGUUUGCUUCGUGACCAUAAUGACCUUGUUAGAAAAGUACCAAGCGUUUCAGCAUGCACAAAGAUGGUAUGUAGAAUAAUUACCCAGGAGAUCAGAAUGACUCGAGUCGUCAGUUAUUGGACGAUAAAAAGGUUACCAGUUCGUACAUUUUUUUUGAUUUAGUUAACAACCUAAACUUUCGUCAUCACUCGACCCAUACAGCCACCAACAGCUCUAGACAACUAUACAAGUAUCUCUAUCUGACAAGUCUAAGUUGGUAGUUCGCUUGAAUACAUCUCUACCAAACUCCUGAAGUUAGGUCUAAAGUAACAUUUAGUCAUUGCGGUUCAAUUCUAAGUUCAUAUAUAAAAACAAGCUAUCAAAGUUAAAAGUAUUUCACGAGACUUUAUUCUAUAUAAAGCUUUGUCAUUACAAGUUUUAAGAUUAUAAGUAUGAUAAUCCUAUUGAAUACCAGUCGUGUGAUUCCCGUGCAGUGAKCCAAGAAAUGAAUUGCAGUGUCUGAAGUUGCAGAAGUAGAUGUUUUAGGACCUCCAGGGCGCUUAGCUACUUUGCCUUUUGAAUUUAACGCUUUUUCUUUGGUUCAAAUCCUUUCGUCCGUCAUUUUUGUACUCCAUUCAGGUGCAAAGUGCUUACCGAUGCCCCUUCCUAGCAGUAAAGUUUUUCGCAUUUCAAUUUCCUCUAAGGGAAGAUAAGAAUGGGCGUAAUGUUUGCCUAUAUCAGACCACGUGUCAUUCCCUUGAGUAUUAUUUCUUUGUUUGAUACGACUCAAACAAAGAAUCUUAAUCUCAAGAGAAUGACAGGUGCUCUGAAAUGAAAAAAACAUUAUGCCCAAGCUAAAAAAGGUCUAUUACACUACUGGCGCAAAAAUAAGUGCAGUGAUUGAAACAUCCAUAGAAGCGAAAUUCUCGUGCCAGGAGGCCUAAAACGUCUGCAAUCUGCUAUUCUCAUGAAUCUCAUGACCAUCCUCAUACCUUUAAAAAUAUUAAAAUUCUAAAAUGAUUUAAGAAGUUAAUUAAUAUUGUUCUAAAUUAUAAAUCGUUAUUCAUAUAGAAAUAAUUUUAGAUUCGAUAACAGAUAAACACUCRGGUCUGUGCAAGUAAACUGUUAAAAAUAGUUUAACCUGCAGUUGAAAAAGCUCUUCUUACGUUCAGUUUCAAUGUGAGGCAUUGGAACUUACCGGCGUUUGCAUUGCUACGCGGCCACCCCAGACACAAAUUGCGACGUGCACUUUGCAAUAGACUGCCGUCGAUCAAACACGUUGACGCCAUUUACACGCGUGUGAUUCAAAAGGCGUCAAAACUUCGGUCGAUUGUUUACAACUAUUAUGAGACACACUCACCGGGCCUAUCCGGGCCGAUCCAAACGCGUGUAAAUGACGUCAACUUGUUUGAUUGACGGCAGUCUAUUGCAAAGUGCACGUCGUGAUUUGUGUCURGGGUGGCCGCGUAACAAUGUAAACGCCGGUAACACAGUCGACCAAAAAAAACACUUCACCGAAAAACAUUGAAAAAAGCAUUCAUGUAUUUCACGACAAACAGAAUCGAUGUCAGUUCUGUUAGUUAAGCUUUUGUUGAGCUAAGGUGGAGCUUUACCCAAGUAUUGUAUUAGGUCUGUCCGCGUACAAAAACGGUAAUUAACUUACAUGGAUGCUAAAUGUGAAGGGAGCUAUUCAGGUGCCAGUAUCAAUACAGUAUACCAUUUAAAAAAGCAAACUAAUUCCUCUUAGUAACAAAGAGUAAUAUGGAUGAGUAUAAUAAUAAAUGAAGUAUUGUUUGAA